ACGUUUUUGUUGGAUUUCAGUACGGUUUGAACCACUCGCAUUAGAGGUUCGCUGUUUGUGUAAUGUUUCAAUAAACAUUGCCCGUUCACUGACAAGGGAAUGCUGCCGUAGCAGUAGCCGUAUGUCAGCGAUGAUCGAAAAAAUGUUAGAAAACACCUUGGCCGAUGGCGGGAAAUGCCAGAGACAACGCGUAUCCCCUUUUUUAAGACAGGCCCUAGCAGUGAGCGGAGUAGUUAUGUACAUGAUUGGUACUGGAGCAAAUAUAGCAUAUCCAGGAGUACUGCUGGAGCAGCUACGACAACCUGACUCUGCGUUACGUUUGUCGCCGGAUCAUGAAUCUUGGAUCGCGUCGAUCUUGGGGCUGGCCCUAAUUUCUGGAAUAGUUGUAGCGCCUUUCUGCCUCCAGAAGUUGGGACGUCGUCUUACCAACCAGCUGAGCACUUUACCAUCGUUGUGUGGCUGGGCCCUUCUGGUCACUGCCAAGGAUCCUGUUGUGCUGCUCAUGAGUCGCUCUUUACAGGGAUUUGGCAUGGGCAUACAAGCGGCAGCGGCACCAGUCUCAAUUGCCGAGUACUCUGCGCCGAAGCAUCGUGGAGCUUUCCUUGCAACAAUCGCCUUCUCAUUUGCAACUGGAAUGUUGGCUGCUCAUGUCUUUGGCACCCUUUUAUACUGGAGAGCUGCUGCUUUGGCCUGUGGAAGCUGUUACGCCAUAUCACUUCUAUUGAUCUCGAUAGUCCCAGAGACGCCACCAUACCUAGCUUCAAGAGGCAAAUUUGAGGCAUGUAAAAAGUCUUUCCGCUGGCUCAGAGGCUGCGAUGAAGAUUCCCAAAAGGAGCUAGAUGUAUUGCUCGAAAGUCAAAGAAAAUGCACUGCCUCAUCGAAGAAAGUGUCCAAACUGAAAACCUUUAUAGAGAUAUGUAGGAAGCCAGAGUUCUACAAACCGACUGUGAUAAUGAUGUAUAUGUUUAUACUGUUCCAAAUAUCUGGUAUGACUGUGGUGCCGUCUUAUACAGUCCCAAUGAUGGAUGAAGUAACGGGAGGCGGUAUAGAAUCGUAUACAAGUAUGUUGAUGGUGGAUAUGGUUAGAUUUGCUACAGCCGUUCUCUCUUGUUUUGUUGUUAAUAAGCUUAACCGAAGAACUGUUCUCUUUAUGGGUAUUUACAUCAGCGUCGCCGCCCUACUUACGACAUCCUUGCUUCUAUAUUUAAGGGACUAUGGCUAUAUACCAGAACAGUAUAAGUGGACCCCAGUUAUUCCAACAUUGAUAUAUAUUUUUGGCAAAACAUUGGGAAUUUUACCUAUCCCCUGGGCUAUUGCUGGAGAAAUAUUUCCGUUAGCCUACAGGUCUUUGGGAAGCGGAAUAUCCGGUAUGUUUUUAUCUAUCAUGUUCUUUGUGGUUGUAAAAACAGCCCCAACAUCGUUCAGGCAAAUUGGAGUUAGUGGAACGUUUUGUGUCUAUGGAUUGAGUAUUGCCAUUUGCGGGGUGUUUUUAUUUUUCCUACUACCAGAAACGAAAGGAAAGACACUAUAUGAAAUUGAAUGCCAUUUUAAAGGUAUCAAAGAUCUAACCGGGGAAGCGGAUCCUCACGAAAAGGAUAAAAUGUUAGAACUGGAGAAUAUAGAGGGCGGAUGAGAUGGGAGAAGAGAACAUUAGGAAACGCCUUGCAGCUUUAUAGAGCUGGCCACGUAGUUAGGAGGAAUUUUACGGUUUUAUAUCGAUAUACAUUAAUAAAACACUAUUCAUUUGACACAGAAUAUUCAUUUAAAA